UCGCAUUCCAAGCCCGCGGGAGCAGCUGCCGCCUGUGCCGGAGCGUGUGCGAGGAGCGCCGGGCCGUGCGCGCUUCGCUUGUGUGCGUGGAAUUUUCUUGACGUCGUAUAACGCCGCCGCGGCCGCUCGCCUUCCCCUUGCCUGAACCGUCGACCGGCCCGUCCGUCCCAGUUUUCUUGUGGCCGUCGAUUUCUUCUUCUACGGCCGCCGCCGCCGCAUCUGAAAGAGAAGUUUGUGCGUGUGUGUGUGUGUGUGCGGGGGCACCGUUGACGAAAGCAAAAGCGGGAAAAAGCGAUAAAGCGGGGGAGAGAGGUAUCUUGUGGUGUGGUGUACGCGCGUUUUUUUUUUUUUUUUUUUCUCCGUCACUGAAAAAGAAGAGAAAUUAGCUCUGGACGGACCGCUGGACUUAAACGUGAUCCGUCGAACGACAACUCUUCCACGUUUUUGAAUUCGAGUGCUGACGCUGCUUUUUGUUGCUUCAGUUCUGUCUCGAUCUCUGACCCCCAACUCCGUGGCCCGAUUGUUGUUCAGUGCUCAGUGGCCGGCUGGCUUGUUUACUCCCCCCCUGUGUUCUUCGUUCUCCGCCGUGAGUUUUGUGAUUCUACUGGAUCUACUACCUUCCGAGGAAAACACCUCGACUGUUGUCAUCGCACGCGUCGCUUCGCUGUGCGGCCUGAAUUCCUCUUUUUCGCCGCGUCGUACAGCGAAGGACCGGACCCCCUCUGUUUACCGGAGUUGACGCCUGCGAUAAGUGAGAUACGGCACGUUGGACACAGUGGAAAAGCAGGCGUUGCUGGUUCGCUAAAACGCGCAGGAGCGUCCAGUAGCGCUGGAAGAGUUGUGACAACGGGCGCAUCGGCAGCUGCUUUGGCCGUCCAUGCCUUUGCCCUGAGGACUGCGGCUGCUGCCUCGUCGAGGUCUGGGCGGCGGACACGGCAACUUCCACGGUUUCCCUGUAGACCUGCAGGGCCAGUGCGACCAACUUCAUCGAUGCAGCGCCUACUGAACGAAGGAGCAACAAGGUCGCGAGCUCGGACAGUUGGUAUACGUGAUUGAAGAUGAAAACCGGCGAAAAACACUACGUACGCUGGCAAGAAGACAACGGGAUGAGUGUGGCGCCCAUAUCUGUGUUCAAGAUUUCGUCCCCCUGGAACUCCGGGCCCGGCCUGACGGGCGGGGGCGCCCCUCCGCCCCAGGCGCCCCUGUCGGACGCCGGAUCGGACGACUCUAACUCCAAGGAUGGCCCGUCGUCCGGCGGGGGCCGCGGGGCCAACGACGUCUCCAACUCGGACGCCGAGGGCGUCUGGAGCCCUGACAUAGAACAGAGCUUCCAGGAGGCGCUUGCAAUUUAUCCGCCAUGCGGAAGGCGCAAGAUCAUCCUCUCGGACGAAGGCAAGAUGUACGGGCGCAAUGAGCUCAUCGCCAGGUACAUCAAGCUCCGGACGGGGAAGACGCGGACGCGGAAGCAGGUGUCCAGCCACAUUCAGGUCCUGGCCAGGAGGAAAGCCCGGGAGAUACAGUCCAAGUUAAAGGACACGGCGGCGAAGGAGAAAGCGCUUCAGUCUCUGACGUCGCUGUCUUCGGCGCAGAUUGUGUCGGCCACGGCCAUGCAGAACAAGGCCGGACUGGCCUCCCUAGUGCCGCCCGUCAGCUACACAGGGGCGCCGUUUUGGCAGCCACCAAUCGGCCAGCCUGGAACCUCUGAAGACGUCAAGCCGUUCGCGUCGCAGCCCUAUGCUCUGCAGAGCCCCAAGGUUCCCCCCGUCAGCGCCGGCGCGGGUGUUGACCUGCUGCCUCCCCCGCACGGCGGAAUGACGCCCUCAUGGGAGGGCCGCUCCAUCGCCACCCACAAGUUGCGCCUCGUCGAGUUCUCCGCCUUCAUGGAGCUGCAGCAGGACACAGAUACGUGCAACAAACAUCUGUUCGUGCACAUUGGUGGCCCACCUACCUACACAGAUCCACUUCUGGAGGCGGUGGACAUUCGGCAAAUUUAUGACAAGUUUCCUGAGAAGAAGGGGGGCCUUAAGGAACUGUAUGACAAGGGUCCUCAGGAUGCCUUCUUUUUGGUCAAGUUCUGGGCCGAUCUCAACACAAGCAUUCAGGACGAAGCUGGCGUCUUCUAUGGCGUCACUAGUCAAUAUGAAAGUAAUGACAACAUGACAAUAACUUGCUCCACAAAGGUUUGCUCCUUUGGGAAGCAGGUUGUUGAGAAAGUUGAGACUGAGUAUGCAAGGUUUGAGAAUGGCCGUUUCGUGUAUAGAAUUCAUCGAUCACCAAUGUGUGAAUACAUGAUCAACUUCAUUCACAAGUUGAAGCAUUUGCCUGAGAAGUACAUGAUGAACAGUGUCCUCGAGAACUUCACAAUCCUACAGGUUGUGACCAAUCGAGACACCCAGGAGACGCUUCUCUGCAUCGCAUACGUGUUUGAAGUCUCCACGAGUGUUCACGGAGCCCAGCAUCACAUCUAUCGUCUCGUCAAAGACUGAGUGCCUCAGCGCACAUCCUCGCCAGUUUCUCAGUGCCUCUCAUCCACCACAGCCUCCCGCACACAGUUGCCGCGAAAGAGAAGGAAAGGUGCCUGUGUGGUUGGGACGUGAAGAAAAGGAAAAAAAAAGUGCAUCAUCUGUAAAUAGCAGUGCCACCGCGGUGAUUCGUCCUCGGUUCUGCCUUCUGCAAUCCCUGCUGGUGCUUCUUAGCUCUUUCUUUAUUGCUGUGCUCGUGUCGGGCAUUUGCAGCCCUUUCUUUCCUCGGCUUUCGACUGCUUUUCUUUCGCUUGCCACUUCCGAGUUACGAGCACAACUGCUGCUCCGUCUUUUUUUUUUUAUCCUUCCACGUUUUGGCGAAGUGUUGUAUGACAUUGUAUGACAAUGUGACACAAUAUGACAACAACUUUCUGGGCGAAUGUCUUGCAAAGUGUGUUUUUUGUACCAUGGUUAAUGUGCAGGGAAGUCUGUGUCAUUUUGAAAAGUUUGAAUGCCGAGGUCAUGCAGACAGAUGAAAACAUGAACGUGAAAAAAAAAUGUUCAUCCUUUCUACAAUAUUAAGCAGUGAUGGAACAGCCACGCCAAUUGCGCCGAGAGUGGUUCUUUGCGCCAUCAUGCUCCAAAACGGCAUUUUUGCGCUAAAAUGUGCCAAGUCUGAGCAAAAUUAGGUGCAAGAACCAAUGCCUCCUUCGGGUGAUGCUGCCUCCAGUAGCGCACCCAGGAUCUCUGCCAGGGGGGGGUUGACAGUUUGCCAAUACCAUCUAAACAGCACUAAUUUCGAUUUAUUCACGGGAAAUUGUCAAAAAAUGCGCUUUUUGCGAGUGUGCAGACGAUUGCGCGUAUUACAUCUUAGUUGCAGUACUCAAAUGCGUAAGGAAAGAAAAGGGGUUAAACAAAAGUUAAGUCGGCCUCAGGGGGGGGGUUACAACCCCCGAAUCCCCCCCCCCCGUCGGUGCGCCACUGGCUGCCUCCAUAGCAAAACCUUAAGCACACCACUGUCAUCAUUCUGGAAGUCAACAGAGCAGCCACAGCCACAGAUAUAAGCGAAUGCCGAUUAUUCAUUUGCUGUUUUCGUACAUUUUUUUCCAUUUCUUGCUAGUGAAUGUUCUAAUGUACUGUUGCUGCAUGGUCUUUUUGGUUGCACUGUUUGUGCAGUAGUUUGGCAUUCCUUGUCCCAGUACAGCACAGAACAGGUGCAGGAUCAAAAACAAGCUUCAGAUAAUAUCUGGUGGCACAUUGUCUAGCAUAGUUGUUGGUUGGGCUGCUUUAAAAAUAUACGUGUUAUUCAACCACGUGUGUUGACGAGUUACUACUGACUUAUAAAACUAAUAGCACUAAUAUGGGACUAAGCAAGACACAAGACAGUGCCCAGUACGCCGACUUGCGUCUUCCUGUUUUGUCCUGUUUUAGCACUGCUUGUGUUCCAAGUCACGUAUUCAACUGCUGACAUAUAAUUUACAUAUGAAUAGGAACCUUCCUUGCAACCCUGCCCAGUUAUGCAGCACAGAUUGUGCACAUUUGGAAGAACCUGUGGACAUCUUCACUAACUUCAUUGUUGUCACGCACAUCCUUAAGGCAUGCGCUUGUUGAAAUGCCCUAGUUUCGCAGAUAUUAUUUGCAAAGAAGAUGCUAAGCCGAGUUCUGUAAUUAUUUUCAUGCAGCAAAGGCUGGCAGGCGACUGUGUGAUCAAUAUCAAGUGUAAAUGCAAUGCAGCAUGUACUGGAGCCCCGAAUGGGUUUUGAAAUGUAAUGAUGAAUGAUUAUAAAAGUUACCUUGCACAUAUCUCAUUUGAAUAGAGAAAUUAUAUGUGUGGCUUUGUUUAAUGAGUAAUCCACACUUCUUUUUUUCUCAUGUCGCUCUCAUCUGUAAAGGACUUUUUUUUCUUGCUCACUUGAAAUGCGCCGAACUUGCAACGUAUUUUGCAAGUCUAAAUGUUAGGAGCAGCUUUAUACUGCGAUGUGCAGAAAAGGAAAGCCAUUUUAAUAAACAUUAACGAAACUAGUUCGGUAAUUUUUCGCUUGAAUGACCAAUUGAUGCACAUAAAGCUGGCUCCUCUGUAUUGGCUAUUUCAGUUGAAAUAGAGACCAUACUAAUACAUAGAUGUAUGUUGGACAGUGCGCCAAAAGUGGUUGUCGCUGUGCCAAAUCAGAUUUGAAUGCGAUAGCAUUAUAGGUGGGCUUCACCCGCCUUGGAGGUAGUAUCUAACAGAAAACUCAAGGUGUGUUGAGCGUACGCGACUGCGCCACAUUGGCACAAUAUUGCAAGUUUGUAACAGAUACGAGGUAUAGAAACGUCACUUUGAUAAAUAAGAGUCCAUGGUUGCCCGUGAGGCACCCACGCGGCAGCUGUCGGCCGUCACAAUCAUCAGCAUUCUAAAUAUACUGUCACAUCCUUACGGUUGGUUUUUGCCGGUGCCAAGAUCUGGCUCCAAAAGGUGAAAUGGCUGUUCCACCACUGUAAUAGCGACGGUGAAAUCGUUGCUUAACUCACUAAAUUGGUAGUGAAUGGUGAAAAUUUUUCUUACACUGGUGCUUUGUUAGUUUCACGUUGGCGUUUGCGAACUAAAAGACACGGCAGUGGUCAACAUUCGCAAAACGCUGUGCUUCACAGAGAAGAGCAAACAAAAUACGGUGGUUGCAUUUUUGUGGCGACAUUAUUUUUUAUCACGUUUCUGUUGUUUGUAAUGCGAUAAAUACUGGAGACAAGCAAUAAUAUAUGUCUUAUCAUUUAUGGCAGAAUUUCUCUCUGAACAGCAGUCAGAAUGUAAGGUUGCACGUAAGACUGCUGUAGCCAUUUUCUUCCAAUACGUGGCACCUACAGUUGUCCUUUUUAAAAUAUAUCUUCACUUCAUCAUAAUGAAACAAUUUUUAUUUAUACUUUUUCGUGUAAAAAUUGCCUAAACGUUACUCCUAGCAUAAUCCAUGCUGAAAAGUGGAAUAGAGGUUUGUGUGUGAGUGGUUCAACAUAUACAGCAUGUGUAUUGCAGUGGCACUUUUUAUUACUACUUUUAUUUGUAGUGGCAAUACAUCCUUGCAGACUUUGCACUUGGGAUUUUUUUUUCAUGGUCUGGCUCUACUCUCCGCAGUAUAUUCAUUUUCACUACGAGUGCAUUUUAUUGUUUUUUUUUCUGAAGCAAAGUGUUGAUAUUUGUGCUCAUUGUUUACGUAUUUGUUGUUCCCUUUGUCCCUAGUGUGGUGCAGCAUUAUUUGAUGCAGCAGGGUCACUCGCCGGUGUUUAUUCUAUGCGGCUGUUGCGUUGCAAGUUAAUGCACGACAACACUGUAAAAAACUUGUAAUAAUAUGAUCACCCGAGAAUGCCCGCACAUGAAACUCUUCAUCAGUAGACUUUCGCAGCUCACUGGGUGGAACUCCAAGCAGUAUUGCUAGUUUAUCCAUAGAUUUUGUUGAACCAGCAUUAAAGAUAUGCCAUAAUCUGCAGAUAAUCAUGCGAAUGCACUAGAUACAUCCUUAUGUAAUCCAUGGACUAAGAUUUUAGCCUCGAACAUGGUGUGAAAUGUUUAAAUGACAAACAAGGUGACAUGCAGUAAAUGAACACAUUAAAAUAUUGCACUAGUAUAAAUUUAUACAUAAUAACUGAUGCCACUAAUACAAGAAAUGUGCAUUGAAAAUGGUGCGACUAUUUUCGAUGUUAAGAGCAACUGCCAACUAUGCUUUUCCAGAGAUUCUUCCACAGUGUUAAAUGUGCUGAAAGAAAUGUGUACACAUGCAUUUCAUUGUUGUAUAUAAAUUAAGAAAUUGAGGCACCCAAUCAAUGUUGCUGUCAUUUAUGCAAAGUUCGCUCAAACAUUUGCAGUCCACUUGAAUAUGCCUAGUAUUUUUGCAAACUUGCUAAUUUGAGACAAAAUAAAAGAAAUAUCUGCUAAAUGUGCAUUUUGCUGCUAAACAAUGUGAGAAUCCACUGGAUAUAGCAGAAAAUCCGUCAUAAUGUUAACAGAGACUAUUGUUAUAAAACAGUAAUCUCUGUGUGUUUUGCACUUAUGAGGUCGUGUUAUGUUACGACCAGAAUGUAUAAGUUUUACAGGCUUACUGGAGUUUGGCAGUGAGGCAGGAUGUGAUGGAAGGCAUUUGCUGCUGUCAGCUGCUUGAUUGCUGUAACCUAACGUGACUCGAAUGUGAAUUUCACUGAAAUGAGAAGGCUGCACAAAAGUUCCAUUCAUUGAACUGAGAAACUCCAAAAAAUAUGGGCUUUGUUGCAUCAAGGUACGAGUGCUGUGAGUUGCUGCAUCAUAAUGAUAAUGCUGCACUACCAAAGCAGAGCAGCAGCUUGAUAUGUUUGUGUAGUUGACAUAGAGGAGCAGAUUUUGAUGUGUAACAUUGUAUGAUCUCAAGUCAAAUUUUUUUUCCCAUGGUAUAGCUUGUUACGUUGCCAAAUGGGUGCCCGAAAGCUCAGAUGGCUUGCCGCGUCUGCCAAUGCCGGCUUGUCUCAGUGCAUCUUCGUGAUAAACGCCAUUUACGGUGACACGGGCACCUUGUAAAGGAGCGCUCGCAAUCAUCAGUAACACUUUGAGAGUGUGUUGUUUCAACGCAUUGGUCUUUUACUUGGGGCACACACCAUUUGCCAAAGGGGUGUUCCCAGAGGUAGCUUCCAUCACUUCUUUUUUUUUUCUUAAGGUCGCGCGAUGUACUUGAGUGCCAUUUCUGCAAAAAAUAUCCCACAAACUCGUUACUCUUUUGUUCUGGACCAUUGAUCUGCGCGUUUUUCCAUCAUGCACAGAAAACUGAAGCCAACUCUUGUGACUUCUGUGUGGUGCUUUUCAUCAAACAACUUUGCAGCUUAUAUUCAUGUUUUGAACAUAGAUGAUAGUACUCGACUGCUUUUACGGACACUUCAUUGUUUUCUAUCUGCCGCCAGCCUCAGUAGCACCUAUGAGCCGGUUAACUGUGGAUAACUACAGUGUGCUCCCAUAAAUCGAACGCAAUCAAAGGCUCUGCACAGCCUUUACACAAGUCUUAUCCUUAUCUAGUGGAAGCUUGUAUGAGCUAUGCACAUUCUGGGCAAGUGUGACCUUAGCACAUUAUGCUGGUCAAUAGAAAGAGGAGACGCUUCUUGUUUUUUCUGUGUAAAUUUUUUUUUAAACAAGGAGACAUCUAAUUUGCCAUGGUUGCAACACACAUAUUUUCAUACUAAAAUUGACUUCACUUAAAAGUUAUAGUCAAGAAUGAACUGAAUGUGAGAGACACAGAUGCACAUUGCACGCAGUAUGUAACCAUUCAAGUGACGCAAAUAAUUCUGUAAUGACAUUCAGUGAUGAAGUCAUACACAAUAUGAUUUAGACUGGACAAGCAUUGAAUAUCCCUGGCAUUGGAACAACAUAUGUUUAAGGCUUUUGUUUUUUCAACUUCACUAAAAAGCAGUAAAUUGACUAUAGAGUAAUGGGAAGAAAUUGCAGACUACAGUCAGUGGUGUGUUUUGCACGAACGUUGUACUUCUUGGCACCCUAUUUCACUCGUGCAUUCACUUGCCAGUGCACAGUGCUCUGAACAGGGCACACCAACUUAGUAUUCAAUCUUGCACAUUCUAAAGACAUUCAUACUGAGAAUAUUGCAGUUUGUAUGCUGCAUCAGAAAGAUGGCAAUUGUAAAUUCGACAGAGCGGAUACCGUCUUGUCUUAUCUUAGCAAUAAAUUGGUGCUGCAAUUCUAGUUAGGUGUUUCCUUCAGCAGUGGACCACACAAUACUUCAGAACAGCCAGGGUAGCAGUUAAUUCUUGAUAAGCAGAAAUGAUGGCGUCAUAUCACUGGGCAGUAUUAAUUUCACAUGUUUGGGCUUUGAAAAUGCAAAAAAAAGCACUGCGCCACAUGCAAAAUGCCAACAACUUUCUUAGUUAGACAUUCACAGAAUUAAUUAUGCUAAUAUGUUACGAGCUCCUGUCGUAUGUUUCUGUGUGUUCUGACCAUUGCGGAGCACUCGGGCACGUUUGACAAUUUGCCAAAGUCGUACGUUAAGCCCAUGUUGUGUACUGCACAUAAAACUAACAUCCAACCAAAAUUGCAAAGUUGUGGCGAAGUGAUAGCCAGUUUGGGAAGCAAUUUACGAAAUCAGUGCAGUACAGUAGCUGAGGUGGGCUGAGAUGAGCAGUGUUCAGGACCAAGUGUUGGCUGCAUUGGCAAAACAGUGCAACUUGGGUGAACUUUCAUGUGCCCACAGAACAUGGCCUGGAUCUUGAGCACUUGCCACCUGCAACAGCUACACAUACAAAAAGCUUCUAGAUAUGUGAAAUUUAAACCGUCAAUUUACUUCCAACAAAAACUAUUAAAACUUGCAUACCCGCAACACUUUGUGCGGACUUGAAAUCUUCAGACGGAAUUUCAUUAUUCUCAGGAUUGUCUUCUGUGUGAUUUCACAUUGAGAAGCCUUAGUUGCCCGAGGAUAGUUUGAUCAGGUUGUGAGUUUAAGCGUACUUAUACUUAAUGCCGUACUUCUUUUCUUAUCUUUUUAUGUGUAUAUAUACGUUUGUGCGCAGUGUUGAGGUGCCCCGGGAGCAUCCGAAACAUGGUAGUACUGAGCUUGAAUAUUUCAUAGCACUUCAGGUAUGCUGCUGGCAGAGCAACUUUCUUUUCUUUGGCCUUAGUGAUGUUAUUAAGCUCCCUAUACUAAGCACCGUCCAAGGAGCAUAUCCUGUUUGUUUUUUCCGUAAGCAUAGGAGCCCUUCCGGUCCUUCUAAGCGAGAGUCAACCUCCUCCUCUGAUCUCCUCAUGGCAAUCAGCUUCACGGCCUGUUGAAGAACCACAUGACGUUGCAUUUAACUUAGGUGUAUUAGGCAGCUAAUUUGAUUGUGUCAAGCUUCAGCUCUUGUGGUAGCUGCAACUCGGUGUGCUUAGCUGUAUUAGCUGCAGGGUGUGGCUUGAGCUAUGUAAUGGUACUCCGACAGUAUUUGGAAAGUGGGUUCCAAGUUUCAAAAAUUUUGCUGUCACUUGCCUACGUACACUAGCUGCUCAAGUUUUGUUUGGUGCAUGGCAGGUAUUGUGUGGCCAUAGGCUUGAUUCAAGUUAAGCGGCAGAUCAUCAUGACCCUGGCUUCCCAAGCUUUUAAUUGUAGUGAUUUUUAUAUGCGUGCCUGAAAGUUGCCUCAUAUUUCACAGUAGUCUCUCAUUAUCAUAUUUUGAAAAAAUGUCAUUGCGCAAGGGAAUCGGAAAAGUUUCAAUUGCCUUUUUUUUCGUGCUAGAUAUCUUGUUCGCACCAGAGUGAGAAAUACUGCCUUGGCAGUGUUUGUCCAUCUUGUGUGUGCUAGCUAUCGCUGUAAAUGCUGGUGUUAAUAUCUGCCAGUAUUUGGAUGGAGCAAAGCCCUUUUUAUGAGCCUGUUGCCCAAGACCUUGUCUUAUGUAAUGAAAUCAUUCGAUGCCACAAACAUUUCUUGGACAUAGACUAAAGCGACGUGCCUGGUAUCGCUACAUGGUUUUCGACGAGCAAUAAACUCUUCCUCAAGGCUGAAACUCCAUCACCCAAAGAGCUUUCUUUUUUUAAGGUUUCAUGCCAAAUAAAACAGGCAAAGUGCAGAACAUAAGGCCUCUUGAAUGCUGGUGUGUAGAUACAAGUGCCGCAUGUCUUGCGUCAGUGAAACAUAUUAUAUAUGCUUGCCUGUCCUUUUUUUCCCCCCGCUGAGUUGCAUUUGUAUGCAUCCAUUUGCCUCAUUAUAUGAAGUGCAUUUUUUUGUGGAGUGCUUAUUUAAUAUUAAUUAGAGGCGAUGAACAUGUGGCACAUUUGUGAUGAAGCAAAGUAUUUGCCAAUUGUGUUUUAUAUGUACAUAUAUAUAAAUAUAUAUACGGUUGUAUAUAGAUUUAUAUAUAUGUAUGACUGCGUAGGGCGAAUAAAAGGAACCCUGCA